GUUAGUUUGUCAUCGUGACAAAACCAUAAAUGACGUGGUAAAUAAAAUAAACCAACACCUUUAAUCCACGUGUCAGCCUGUUCCGUACGUAGAGAGUGUGUGUAAGAUCAAAGAAAGAGGAACCGUCGUCCAGUAGGGCAAUUUGAGACUCAUGGAGGAUUCUCAUGUCGAGAGGUUCUCUGCUUCUACGCCGAAGCCACGCGUUGGCAUUGAUGGUGGCGAUGAUAAUAAGAAUUGGAGAAGAAGGGUCAAUGGUGUUGAAGUCUCUGUACCUAUUGUGUGUGGAUCGAUCGCGUUUUUCCGCGGCAAGAAAGCAAAAGAAUACCGAACACAUAACUGGACUGUCUACGUACGUGGAGCUACAAACGAGGAUCUCGGUGCGGUCAUAAGGAAGGUCAUCUUCCAUUUGCAUCCAAGUUUCAAGAGCCCUACUCGAGUUGUCGACUCGCCUCCUUUCACAUUGUCUGAGUGUGGCUGGGGAGAGUUCAAAAUCGAUAUCACCAUCUUCUUCCACGCUGAUGCCUGUGAAAGGAAGCUAGAGCUGUCUCACUUGUUGAAGCUGAACCCGGAGAUCUACAGUGGUCCUCAGUCUCCUAACGUACCUGUUGUCACUGAGUCUUACAAUGAGAUUGUCUUCCCUGACCCUUUUGAGUGUUUCCUCUCCCGUGUGAUUAAUCACCCGGCUGUUCACGUCCCUAAGCUCCCAGAGGGAUUCAACCUGCCUCCUCCAGUUGCAGGAGACGCUGGUGAUGAAAGUUACUAUAAGAUGAAGAAAGGAGACACCAAAGAUCAUCCCCUUAGCCAUUGGUUUUCGAAGUUCUCAGAAGCAGAUGAGCUUUUCAAACUUACGGCUACUCGUCAGAAGGUACAAGCUGAUAUUGCAGAGCUAAAAAGACAGUUGGUCAUGGUAGAUGUGCAACCUGAACAGUUUUAGUCUUCCUCUGGCUAUGAAUGUUAACAACAGAGACAAGUUUGCUAGGAAGUUUUGUGUGAUACACUUUGUAUGGGGGUGCAGAAAACAUUUUCUAACGGUUAGAACAUGUAAAGAAAAGACCAUCUUAUGGUCGAAUAUGGGUGUAUGAGACGAAGACAAAUGCAUAUGCGUUAGCUCAAAUCUUUCUUUGCCAUACACAUGCUGCAAGCUUUUUUUUAAUCCAAGUUUCACUCGGACUUAGGCAUUAGAGGUUUCUAUCUUUCAUGCAUGCCUUAUCUGUAUAGCAGAAAAGGCAAUGGAAGAAGCGAACAGUGCCUUCAAAAAACUGGCAUUUUCCUUGUCUUCUUUAUGGAAAGUCAACUUCUUGA